AUGGCAGGCGCAUGGCAUUGUCACAGGGGCCGGUGGCUUGCAAGUGUUUUGCGACCCCAGCGCUCAAGCCCUGGCAUUAUUGGCAAAGCCAAAGUCCGCCCAAGCACGUCCAGAAUAGCAAUGCCUCAGAACUCCAAGGCCUCAGUGCAAGCAGAGAAGUUGCGGUCACGAGCUAUAGCUGUGGAGGCAAGAGAGGCUGCCAAAGAUGUUGCCCAGAUGCUGCGGCAACAUCCUAGCCUCGCUCUUGAGGUGCUGAGCUUUGCCGAGAAGUGCUUGCUUGAAACUAGCGCCGGCAAAUCGCCAUCAUCAUCAACAAAGGCGCCAUCGAGCGCAGACCCCCUGACCCGCAAGUUGGGCAGCAAAUCCAUGAAGAACUUGCCCCUUUGCGACUUGAAAGCAAUCUUGGCCGGCAUUUGCCAGCAAACCUUUUCAUCCUGGGGCCUGCGGCGCGUUCUGCCGAGGGAAGGGCGCGCCAGCGAAGAGCGCAAGGCCUUGCUGCAACUUCUUGAGUUCACGACCAAGAUAGCGCCAGAGUUUCGGAUCGAUCCUGCUCUUUUGCCAGACUUGGCGAGCCUCGUCCGAUACAGCAAGGAGCAGGCAGAGCGGUGCGGAAACCGCGCAGCCCAGUUGGAAACGCCAAUUGACUGGCCCCGGCAUGGAGUCUAUCAGCUCCUCCCCAGUGCGGACCCUGAUUUUGCCCAGAUCAAGCACAUCUCAGAGGACAGAGUCAUCGAUUUCUCUUUGGGAGCGGGGUGCCGUCCACAAGACCUGCACAUCACGAACAACUUCUCAGACCAAACCGCCAAGCUGGAGAUCGCAGGCAGCCCGCAGUCUUUCCUGUUGAGCACAAUGUUUGCAUGCGCUAAGCGGUUUCGGCCCGCGGGUGAUGCACCACCAGCCUUGCAAGGCCACUGCCCUUGGAGCGCGCGCGGCAAACGUGCCCAGAAGCCAAUGCUAACUCCGCCCAGCAAAAGGGCAGCUCGCAGCCCACCAUCGCUUUCCCAAAGCAGUCCGAGCAGCUGUGGUGAGCUGGCUUCCAGGCCCAGCCCGUGCAAAAGCCCGGCCCCAGCACAGAGCUUUGUGCAAGUGGGCGACUACGGGAGCAAAAUCUCCGAAGCCACCUUCCGACCGCCAAUGCCGAGCAACCAAGACUGA